AACUAAAAGAGCUCUAGAGAACAUCUGAUUGUGACAGCCCAGGUGUUCUGUCAAAGUUUAUUUAUAUUUUCAUGCUUUGGAAUAAUUCCAGAAAAAGAAAUAAAGAUUAAGGAAAUGUCGUAAUAAAAGAUCCUUCUAAAGACGAUUGAAUGACCUAGAAACCAGGUUAAACCAGUUUAGAUUUAGCACAGACAGGUAAAAGUUCAAACAUGAGCUAUUAUCGAAUCUCUCGGCUCAUUCCUUUGAGCUCCAGAAUAAUUUUGAAUCGAAGACAAUUAAAUAAUGCACCAAUACACCUUACACAACUCAAGAUAAGUUAUGGCGAACAAAAAAGGCAUUAUUCUGGCCAAAACUUUAAUAGAAAACAUGUAAUAUCAAAACAAUAUCUUGUGUUGCUUUGCUUGUUUCUUGUGUUUCCGGUAAUUGAAUACAACCGUUUUGCAAAAUUGUUCAUUGUCAAUGCGAAAAGUGAACAAAUAAAGGAAACAGAUGUUGUCGAAGAGAAUCAUGAAGACGGUGCUGAAGAAGAUGGCAAAAAGAAGAAACACAAGAAGGAAAAGAUUGGGUUUAGAGACAGGAAGAUAAUAGAAUAUGAAAACCGAAUGCGAUCAUAUUCCACCCCUGACAAGAUUUUUCGCUAUUUUGCUACAGUAAAGCUUGUUGGUGAUACCAACGAGGUUUACAUGACCCCAGAUGAUUUUGUGAGGGCCAUCACACCAGGAAUGAAACAGCCGGAUGACAAGGUGUUUCGGUACUUUGCAACGCUUCAGGUACAAGGUCCGACAGUCGAUCAACAUGAGAUAUUCAUGACCCCAGAUGAUUUCUUACGAUCUAUGACGCCCGGACUUAAGCAACCUGAUGGUUUAGGACUUGAUCAGUACAAGAGAUACGAUCCUAAAACAGUGCAACAGAAACUAGACUUAACCCUGGAUGAAGAUAGCAUUUUUUACAAGCUGGGAAGUGCUGGUCUCAUUACGUUUUCGGAUUAUAUUUUUCUCUUGACGGUAUUAUCAACAUCUCGUCGUCACUUUGAAAUCGCUUUCCGCAUGUUCGACUUAAAUGGCGACGGUGACGUGGACUGUGAAGAAUUCGAAAAAGUUGCUACGCUAAUUAGGCAACAGACAAGCAUAGGAUCAAGGCACCGAGAUCAUGCUAAUACCGGGAAUACUUUUAAAGGAGUAAACUCUGCACUAACUACGUACUUCUUCGGCCCGAACCUUAAACAGAAACUCACCAUAGAAAAGUUUCUCGAUUUCCAGGAAAAACUACAAAGAGAAAUUCUUAGUUUGGAAUUUCAAAGGAAGAACCCAGACGAGAACGGUAAUAUAUCAGAAGCGGAUUUUACCGAACUACUUUUGGCUUAUGCCGGGUAUCCACAGAAGAAAAAAUCUAGGAUGAUGAAAAGGGUUAAGAAAACUUUUAGGGAGCACGGUAAAGGUAUUUCUAAACAAGACUACCUAAACUUUUUCCAUUUUUUGAACAACAUCAACGACGUGGAUACUGCCUUGACGUUUUACCAUAUAGCGGGAGCGUCCAUAGAUCAAGCUACUUUAAAACAUGUUGCAAAAACCGUCGCGCAUGUAGAUUUAAGCGAUCAUGUGAUUCAUGUCGUUUUUACCAUUUUCGAUGAAAACAUGGACGGUCAACUAAGCAACAAAGAAUUCAUAGCAGUAAUGAAAAAUAGACUGUUAAGGGGACUCGAGAAGCCAAAAGACACUGGCUUUGUUAAAUUCAUGCAGUCUAUUUUGAAAUGUGCUAAAGAAACGAAACCCGCUUUUUUGGAUAUUUAAGUACUGUUUGCAUGUGGUUUGCCAUACUUGUUAUUAAUUAGUUCUUAGACAUUUUAUUGUUAAGGCUCGAAUAACCUUAAUUUAUUUAAUAUUCUUUUAUUCCUUUUAGAUUGUUUGUUUUUUUAAUUUCCUAUAGUGUUCUUGGUACACGAUCCUCAGAAGGUCAUCAUGACUUGCAUAUGAUUAAACAAAAUAUUUGUUUAGAUUAUAUUGAAAUGAAUGGAUUUAGGUAGGACUGUUAAUUAUUAUAAACGCAAUUUUAGGUAAGAUAGAUUAAGAGGUGGCACUAAUUAUACGUAUCAAUAAGUAUAUAAAUAUUUCGCUUAUAA